AUGUCGACCACUCGAGAUCUAGGGCCAGGAGUUUACGGGCCUUUGCCCACCUUUUUCGAUAAGGACGGCCAGAUCGACUUCAAGAGUUAUGAACACCAUUUGCUGAGAUUGGCCAGCCUUGGCGUCGUUCCUGUAUGCAUGGGCUCCCUUGGGGAAGCUUCUCACCUGGACACGGAAGAAAGGAUCUCAAUCAUCAAAUUCGUUCGCCAAACUUUGGAUGACAACGAGAUGUCGUCGCGACCUAUAGUGGCUGGCGUGGGCGGCGCCAGUACGAGGGAGACGAUCAGACUUGCGAAAGACGCAGCUGCAGCCGGCGCCGAUGCUGGUAUGGUCAUUCUUCCUGCCUAUUACGCGGCAAGCCUAAAUGCCGAUCAAGAGCAGGUCAUUCAGUACUAUGUUGACAUCUGCGAAGCUUCUCCGAUACCUAUUCUUCUCUACAACUUUCCAGCCAACGCGGCGGGUCAAGACAUGUCUUCAGACACGAUUGAAGCUAUCAUUCGCCGGGCCUCGAACCUCUGCGGUGUGAAGUUGACCUGCCCAGGAAGUAUCCCAAAACUCAUCCGCCUCUCCUCCGCCUUCCAUCACAGUCCCGAACUCAACACCUCCCGUCCCCAGCCUUUCCUCUUCCUUGACGGCCUCAUUGCCGACCUUGUCCCGUGGAUGCAUCUCAACGGCCACGGCACCGUCAGCGGUAUCCCCAACUUUGCGCCUUUUGCUGGUGUGAGGUUGUUCCAGCUAUGCUCCAAAGGAAAUGGUGCUAGUGCAGAAGAGAAGGAAGAGGUGAGAAGGAUACAGGCAGUAUUGGGCAAGGCGGACGUGGCUGCUGUGCCGGGAGGUGUCAGGGCAAUGAAAUAUGCGUUGAACAAACUUCAUGGGUACAGCCCCUAUCCUCGACGACCUCUCUUGCCUCUGGCAGAAGAAGAAGGGGAAGCUUUCUUGAAGAUUCUCCAGCCUAUGCUAGAGUUGGACGCCGAGAUGGAGAAGCAUUUUGCGUAA